AUGCCGCCUUCAAAGCCCAUCCAGAAAACAGACACAUCGACUCCGCUUCUGAGAAGGGUUAGUAGAAUACAACUUAACAAGUCAAAAUCCAGCUAUAAAGAUACCUCUACCUUUCAACUCAGACAUUUCACCUUCUUCAUCCUCAGUCUCCCACCUACCCACCUACCCAUCCCUCUUCAUCUACCACAUUACCACAACUUAUCAACAAUGUUGGUCUUAAAGCUCAUCGAAUCCACCACCAUGGAUUUCCGCAACCUAUCAUUCACUCUCCUCCUGCUAUCCACUACAGUCAUGUUAUAUUUCAGGGCUCUAUUAGCGCAUCCCAUCUACAUUAUUAGCACCCCGGAAUCAGUGCAGAUUGCAGAACCAGCGCCAACCGACGCUCUCGCCUUCCUCGACGAGCCCGUCUUCAAACCACUGGCAUCUCACAUAGCAGACCACCCAUAUCCGUGGCGUGAUAAACGUCCAUUCCAGGAGACCAAUUAUGCGUUGCUCAUGGGUGCAGUUCAAUCUCUUCUUGAGGCUGAGGUUGACGAGGGAGAGGAUGGUGUGGGUUUGAACGAGGGUCAUGGGCAACAGGACGUCGUUGAGAGUAACUCGUCCGAGACAUAUCUUCUCUGGGUUGGGGAUAAAGAUGAUGAGAAGGGGACUUGCGCUUAG